AUGUGCGCGCAUUGUCGCCGCAUUUCGGCUCAUUUUGUUAAUUUCAGCUUCAUUCGAAUUCUCGUCACGCAGUUGGUCGCAAAACUCGAACUCAGCCUCCAGCUCGGGCCGGAGCUAGCAGAAGAGAUGAUGCGAUUUUGUUGCUGCGCGGGACGAGCAAUGCGGCUUACGCAAUCUGCAGAUACCGAGGAGGAUAGCCUGUAUGGAAAACGAGUAGGCUCGGUUUCAUCAGGACUUAGUUGCUACCGCAAAGACACAAGGCCCGAUGGGAGAAAGAGAUACAAUAGUAGAAAAUGUUGA